AUGGAUGAACUGAACGAACACAUUUUGCAACUUUCUGCAUAUCAAACAACUGAUGAUUUAAGUGGCGAUGUACAACGCCAAGACACACCAUUGACCAACGAAAGAGGUCCACCAUUUGUUGAUGUAAGUAUAACACAAGAACAAUAUCAAAUAAUGAAACAAGAAAACGAUUAUUUAAGAUUAAACAAUAAUCUACUUCAGACUCAGUUGAUGGAACAGCCAGCUACGACUGAUGGUCUUUUGAUAUGGCUGAUUCCAGACAGUCGCAAAAGAAUCAACAAUGCACUAUGUUUAAAAGAGCGCUAUCUUAAAUCACCGAUGAUUUUCACAGCAAUGAAUGGACAUCGAAUGCAGGCUUAUCUUGAUCUCAAUGGCACAACUAGCAAUGAAUACAGUUCAAGUCUCUAUAUUUCCAUUUAUGUUCGACUACUCACUCCAAUUUAUCAAAAUCUAAAGGGUACCGUUACGUUUUGUGUGGUUGAUCAAAGCAACAACGAUCCUCAAGAAAAUAUUGAACGAACAUGCCCAGUAGACACAAUGAUGGCAAAUGAAAUGAUUGGUUUCGAUUAUUUCAUGCUUAAAAAUCGUCUCUAUCAAGAUCCAAGUCGAUAUAUUCGUCACGACAACAUUUGGAUCAUCGUGAAAUUUAAUCAAACAAAUGCAGAACGUUUUGCCAAUCUUCCAUCGUGCGUACAAAACGCACUAGAAAACAUUGGAUAA